AUGGCUAUCGCACGUCAUGCGUCGCCAUUUAAUGAUGGCUCACCAUCUGCUUCAGCCCCCCCACAAGCUCUCACGAAGCGCGAUGUGCGACGAAAUCGCAUUGUGGAGAAACUGCAGACCAUGGUCACAGCCUUCUCAUCGAAAGGACACCACCAUUACCGCGCACAACUCCAAGCGAUACAGGUUGAUAUGACGCUUCUCAUCGGCGCUGACCCAUACGGAUCUGGAGGUCCUCUUGACGACAGCUAUGACGACAUUCGAGCAUUGGUGGACAGCAUUGUGCAAGGAGGCCCCAAUGGAGUCGGAGGAGUGAACUUGCCCGAGGACGACGCAGCCCGGAACGAUUUCUACAGUAUAGCAGGGAAAAGAUAUGGCGAGUUUGUGCGGAAUGUGAAUAACGCAGUAGAGGAACGCGACGCCGACUUGACUGCCCUUCACAACAAUUACAAUAGCGCUGUCUCAGAGUUGGAGAGGACUUACCAGCAAAGAUUGCGCCAAGCUGAGGAGGAGCGCAAUGCACUGUUAGCGACGAUCCGUCAGCGCCUGACGAUCUCCUUGAGCAAAAGGAGGACGCAACUACUUCGCGACAAAGACCAAUUAGACAUAGCAGACAGCAACGUCAUGCUGAUGCACCCCAACCAUUUCAGCAUCGGGAACAUUCCUGGCUCGCCGAGCCAUCACAACGCCAAUCAUAAUAACAAGAGGACUAGGCAUCUAAGGCAUCAUCGCGCCUUUAGUCCAGCUCCUGCUUCGGCAGAGUUUGGCGAGAACGGAAAGAGGAAGAGGAAAUUCGGCCAGGUAGAAGACGAGGACGCUCUCGCAGCUUUUGCGGGAGGGAGGAGUCCCCACAAGGAUUCAAGGGCUCAGAGAGAAUAUGCACAGUUUGAAGCGCCGGCCUACAGCAUCGAGAAGAUUUUCACAGAGAAAGAGCUGGCGAUGGCGACUGACACGGCCAAACUUGCAACAUACAAGUACUUCUACCUACCUCAACAAGCGCCACCUGAACAGGCUUUGAACAAUGGCACUGGACAAUCUUCAGUCAAUGGCGAACAGCUUGAGGGCGUCGAUGGUGGGUCCGGAGAGAAUGGGACCGAUGGCCGGGCAUCGCCUGUACCUGCUGCACCUGAAAUGGAGCGAACCACAUCAGUGCUGACGCGCAAUGGAGCUCGUAAAGACCCAUUGGCCGCGCUUGCAGACCUUGCAAAUGCAGCUGUGGCUGUCUCGUCCACCGGCCCAUCCCCAAGGCCAAAUCCAUUUGUCCCGGCGGCGCCGACAUAUCACGCAGUCUCCAGGAGCGAAAAAUCGGGCGCACCUGCACCACCCGGAGUCGGCGCGCACGACAUUGAAAAUGACUUUGAAUUGAUGCGCCGAGCCGGCGGCGACGGACCCGACGAUAACGAUAAAGAUGUAAACAUGGACGCAACUGCUGCAGAAGUAGCAUCGGAAAUGCGUCGCCAGCUACUAGACCAAGCUCUCGGUCGUAGCACCGUCUUAGCGCCCUAUCGCCUCCCUCAGCUUGAGACUGGACCGGGCGCCAUGAUCGGACCUGGCGUCGAUCGUGAACCACGGACUGGCUUCGCGCCGCUGCUACAGAUCGCCAUCACAAAUGAGAUUCGCCCGCGUGGACUGCCGGCCUCGGGCACGAGCAUGGCUGCGGCUCUCAGCGGUCGACUGGGCAUUGGUGCCGAACCGAUGAGCAGGACCACGAGCGCUGGCGGUGCCAGUGAAAUGGGCGAUGCCGUUGCUCCGGCACCCGGGAGGCGAGGUGGGAAGGGUAAACUGGUCUAA